GGGGACUUUCCUACACCGUGCCUUUAUGAUCAGCCUGACAGACAGAGCGGAAGCUGGAGCAUCUCACCCAGUGGGGCCUGGAAAUAGAAGUGAUUGGAGAGAGCCUUAGGACAGUUCCUGGAAGACAAGCACCAUGUCUCUGAGCAGCGCCUUCAGGGCUGUGGGCAAUGACCCUGGGAUCAUCACCUGGAGAAUAGAGAAAAUGGAGCUGGCGCUGGUGCCCCUGAAUGCCCAUGGCAACUUCUAUGAGGGGGACUGCUACGUCAUCCUCUCGACCCGGAGAGUGGGCAGUCUCCUCUCCCAGGACAUCCACUUCUGGAUCGGGAAGGACUCCUCUCAGGAUGAGCAGAGCUGCGCGGCCAUCUAUACUACACAGCUGGAUGACUACCUGGGGGGCGGCCCCGUGCAGCACCGAGAGGUCCAGUACCAUGAGUCCGACACCUUCCGUGGCUACUUCAAGCAGGGCAUCAUCUACAAGAAGGGGGGUGUGGCCUCUGGGAUGAAGCACGUGGAGACCAACACCUACGACGUGAAGCGGCUGCUACACGUGAAGGGGAAGAGGCACAUCAGGGCCACCGAGGUGGAAAUGAGCUGGGACAGUUUUAACCGAGGUGAUGUCUUCUUGCUGGACCUUGGGAAGGUCAUCAUCCAGUGGAACGGCCCCGAGAGCAACAGUGGGGAGCGCCUGAAGGCUAUGCUCCUGGCAAAGGAUAUUCGGGACAGGGAGCGAGGGGGCCGUGCUGAAAUAGGAGUGAUCGAGGGAGACAAGGAGGCGGCAAGCCCGGAGCUGAUGAAGGUCCUUCAGGACACCCUCGGCCGACGCUCCGUUAUCAAGCCUGCAGUCCCCGAUGAGAUCAUAGAUCAGCAGCAGAAAUCAAAUAUCAUGUUGUAUCAUGUCUCAGACUCAGCUGGGCAGCUAGCAGUCACAGAGGUAGCCACGAGGCCUCUGGUCCAGGACUUACUGAACCAUGAUGACUGCUACAUCCUGGACCAAAGUGGAACCAAGAUCUACGUGUGGAAAGGAAGAGGAGCCACAAAGGUUGAGAAACAGACGGCCAUGUCUAAAGCCCUGAACUUCAUCAAGAUGAAGGGCUAUCCCAGCAGCACCAAUGUGGAGACCGUCAACGAUGGCGCCGAGUCAGCCACGUUCAAGCAGCUGUUCCAGAAGUGGUCAGUGAAGGAACAGACCGUCGGCCUGGGGAAAACGUUCAGCGUUGGUAAAAUCGCUAAAGUUUUCCAGGAUAAAUUUGAUGUGACUCUGCUGCACGACAAACCAGAGGUCGCUGCCCAGGAAAGAAUGGUGGACGAUGGCAACGGCAAAGUUGAGGUCUGGAGAAUUGAAAACCUGGAGCUGGUCCCCGUGGAGCAUCAGUGGUAUGGCUUCUUUUAUGGGGGAGACUGCUACCUGGUUCUCUAUACGUAUGAGGUGAGCGGGAAGCCACACUACAUCUUGUACAUCUGGCAGGGCCGCCACGCCUCACAGGAUGAACUGGCAGCCUCGGCAUACCAGGCGGUGGAGCUGGACCGGCAGUUUGAUGGGGCCCCUGUGCAGGUCCGGGUUGCCAUGGGGAAGGAGCCCCGCCACUUCAUGGCCAUCUUCAAAGGGAAGCUGGUUAUCUUUGAGGGCGGGACUUCCAGGAAGGGAAAUGCCGAACCUGAUCCUCCAGUGAGGCUCUUCCAGAUUCAAGGAAAUGACAAAUCUAACGCCAAAGCAGUGGAGGUUCCAGCCUUCACCUCCUCCCUAAACUCCAAUGAUGUCUUUCUGCUGCGGACCCAGGCAGAGCACUACCUGUGGUUUGGCAAGGGGUCGAGUGGGGACGAGCGGGCGGUGGCGAAGGAGCUGGCUGGGCUUCUCUGUGACGGCAGUGAGAACACUGUGGCCGAGGGCCAGGAGCCUGCUGAGUUCUGGGACCUGCUGGGAGGGAAAAUUCCCUAUGCCAAUGACAAAAGACUACAGCAGGAAAUCCUAGAUGUCCAGUCCCGUCUCUUUGAAUGCUCCAAUAAGACUGGCCGGUUCAUUGUCACUGAGAUCACAGACUUCACCCAGGAUGACCUGAACCCCGGUGAUGUGAUGCUCCUGGAUACCUGGGACCAGGUGUUCUUGUGGAUUGGGGCUGAGGCCAACGCCACAGAGAAGGAGAGAGCCCUUGCCACAGCCCAGGAGUACCUGAGCACUCACCCCAGCGGCCGAGACGCCGACACGCCAAUCCUGAUCAUUAAACAGGGCUUCGAGCCUCCCAUCUUCACAGGCUGGUUCUUGGCCUGGGACUCUCACAUUUGGAGCGCAGGGAAAUCAUAUGAACAGUUAAAGGAAGAGCUGGGAGACGCCGCUGCCAUCACGAGAAUCACUGCUGACAUGAGGAACGCAACCCUCUCCCUGAAUUCUCAGCCAAAAUAUUACCCUAUAGAAGUUCUGUUGAAAAAUCAGAAUCAGGAGCUGCCUGAGGAUGUGAACCCCGCCAAAAAGGAGAAUUACCUCUCUGAACAGGACUUUGUUUCUGUGUUUGGCAUCACAAGAGGGCAAUUUGCUGCUCUGCCUGGCUGGAAACAGCUCCAAAUGAAGAAAGAAAAGGGGCUUUUCUAAGAUAAGAAAGCAUAUGCCUAUUGAAAGACCACAGAAGAGAGCAGAUAGUGCCAAUAUAAGGAAAGAAUUUAUCUACCAGUUUUUGCCUAACAUCUAGCUACUUAAUUUAGAUACAGUAUGGUCUGCAAACCACAGCAUGUUCUCCAUUUUCUCAUCCCUGCCUUCCUUAGUUGUUAUACACCUAAAAUGUUAACCACCUACUUCUUGAUCUUUGAGGCCUUCUGGCUAAAGCCUCAGCAAAAAACACUAAAACUGCAUGAAUCUUGAGAAGUCAAAACUAAGAGAACAAAAAAAAAGUUUAAAGUGUUUACUAUUGGGGCAAAGACCUAAGUUGUUUUAGAUUUUAAGAUCGGUAUUCCCAAAACCUAUUUAACUCACACAUCAUUGAAGUUAUUCACAUAUGUACCCUAAAGUCAAAAUCCAAAUGCCCACAUCUGUAUGUGCCAGAGGUUUUUAACUUUUCAAAUACAGAUACCUGUAUGAGCAAA